AUGACGUCCGAAAAAAAGAAGAUGUUCCCAUUGUUUAAUUUGGUUGUUAAAAACAUAAAUGCUCUGAAGAGGUAUGACGACGUUGUUGAUAAUAAUCCAUGUCAAACAUAUGAAGACGAUACAAUUUCUGCUAAAGACUUAGAGCCACCAGUUAGCUUUGCUUUUCCAGUACAAUUAGAAGGCAAUCGAACCCGUAAAUUUCAACAUAAAUAUUUACAACUAUUUCCUUGGUUAGCUUAUAGCAAAGAUAAACAAGGAGCUUUUUGUAAAUGGUGUGUUAUUUUUGCAAAUUCUGGUGGAGGAGUUGGCAACCAGCCUCUUGGUAAACUAGUUAAAAUACCAAUGGUCAAAUAUAAGCAUUGUCUGACUGAUUUAAAGAAUCAUGCCAAGACUGAAUAUCAUCUUCUUUCAGCACAGAGGGCUAAUGAUUUUUUGCAUAACUAUGAAACUGGAAAUGAAAAAGCUGUUAAUGUACUUCUUGACAACCGUAAUAGGCAAGUUAUUGAAUAUAAUCGCAAACGGCUCAUACCUAUAGUAAAAACAAUUAUAUUCUGUGCACAAAAUAAUUUAGCUCUACGUGGUCACCGAGAAAUAGGUUCAAUAAAAGAUAAUGACACAAGAGAAAAAUGUUUGAGUGGAGAACAAGGAAUUUUUCGUGCCUUACGAUCUUAUAGAAUUGAAUGUGGCGAUUCAGAUCUUUUAACUCAUUUAGAAACUUCCAAAAAAAAUUGUACUAUGAUUAGUCCUACCAUACAAAAUGAAAUUAUUGAAGCAAUUAGGCUUGUUAUUCAAAAUAAAAUUGUUGAAAGAGUUAAAACUUCUAAAUUUUAUUCUAUACUUUGUGAUGAAACCACCGAUGUCAGUACAGUAGAGCAACUUACUUUAUGUGUUCGGUAUGUAGAUGUACCUAACUGUGUAAUCCGUGAAGACUUCUUAGGUUUUAUCAAAAUGGAAUCAACAACAGGAAUUGCUAUAGCGACUGCAAUUCAAAAUGAAUUAGAAAAUAUAGGUCUCACAUUGGAAAACCUUCGUGGGCAAGGUUAUGACGGCGGUUCUAACAUGUCAGGUGUUAAUAAUGGUGUACAAUCAUUAAUUUUAAAAAAACAACCAUUAGCUUUUUACACGCAUUGUUUAAGUCAUUGUCUUAACUUAUGUCUGUCUAAAGCUUGUAAUGUACCUGCAAUAAAAAAUAUGAUGGGAACUAUUCAAUCUGUUUCUGGUUUUUUUUCCAACUCUGCAAAACGAACAGAAAAACUUAAGUCUGUUAUAGAAAGUACUGAAAUUUCAGAAUCUAAUGAAUCCAGUUUAAUUAAAAAAAAAAAACUUAAAACUAUCUGUGAAACCCGAUGGGUUGAAAGGCACACAGCUUUAAUGACUUUUAAAGAAUUAUAUGUGUAUAUUGUUACUGCAUUAGAAGAAAUAAAAUGUGGAGAUUCAAGCAGAGAAACAUCAAGUUUGGCUACAAUGUUAGAGUGUGCUAUAACAAAAAGUGAAUUUUUAGUUGCGUUAGAAGUGGCAGUUACUUGUUUUUCUUACACAACAAAUUUGAGUAAAAUUUUGCAGAGUAAAAAACAAGAUUUGUCAAAAGCUUUAGCUGAUAUCACUGUAGUAAAGGGAGGUUUAGAAGCUCUUCGUGAAGAUGUUGACAGCUAUUUCAAAGAUAUAUUUAAUGAAGUGACUUCAAUUGCUACCAAAGUAAAUGUUGAAAUAAAAACACCACGUGUGUGUGGAAGACAAACAAAUAGAGUAAACAUACAAAGCAGUCCUGAAGAAUACUACCGAAUAACAAUUUUUAUUCCUUUCCUUGAUAGUAUUUUACUACAACUACAAACUAGAUUUAAUCAGCAACUGAAAGAAGACAUAGCACUUGAAGGGUUAAUCCCUGCCAAUUUUAGUGCAUACAAUAAUGACUCCAUAUUAAGUGCUGCAUCACUGUAUGAAAAUGAUCUUCAUGAAAAUGCUUUAAUAAACCUCAAAGCAGAAUUAACUAUGUGGCAAAACCAGUGGAAAGACAAUACAGCAGAAAAACCAGAGUCAGCUUUAGAAGCAUUACGUUAUUGUACAAAUGUAUUACCUAAUAUAAAGUUACUACUCCAGUUAUUUGCAACUUUACCGGUUACAUCAGCGACACCAGAACGUACAUUUUCAACUCUUAAAUUAUUGAAGAAUUAUUUAAGAUCAACAAUGAACGAAGAAAGACUUAAUGGGUUAGCUAUGGCAAAAAUAAAAAUCUGA